CUCCGGCCCCUCCGUGCCGGGCAUGGCUCUGCCUCCGCCCGCCGCUGCUGAACCCUGCGAGGCCGAGGAGAGUUUCUGACCGUGCCCGGCAACUCCGCGCUGCCGGGAACCCCGGGGGCUGCCUGCAGCGCGCUCCGACGCCCCUCUCGCUGCCGCACACAGGCGCGCUCCCUCGCCCUCGCCCCCCCCGACUCCGCACGCCGUCUCCACCUCGCUCACACACACACGCGCGCACUCUUCCUCUCAUUCUCCCUUUACCCGUAGGUGAACCGAUAGCCAUUGAAUGAGGACGAAAAGUUAAGAGAUUAAACCAAUAUGAACCAUCGUUGCUCGUAGCAGUGCCGUAUCCAGAGCAGAGCAUUAUCCAGCGAGCAUCCCCAAAGGAAUGGAGUCGGUAAAACAAAGGAUUUUGACUCCCGGCAAGGAGGGAUUGAAGAAUUUUGCUGGAAAAUCGCUUGGGCAACUCUACAGAGUCCUAGAGAAGAGGCAGAAGCCCGGGGACACCAUCGAGCUGACUGAAGAUGGAAAACCCAUGGAAGUGCCCGAAAAGAAAGCCCCGUUGUGCGACUGUACCUGCUUCGGGCUGCCCCGGAGGUACAUCAUUGCCAUCAUGAGUGGACUGGGAUUCUGCAUUUCCUUCGGGAUCCGAUGUAACUUGGGAGUGGCCAUCGUGGAUAUGGUCAAUAACAGCACCAUACACCGAGGAGGAAAAAUUAUAAAAGAGAAAGCGAAGUUCAAUUGGGAUCCUGAAACAGUCGGCAUGAUCCACGGCUCUUUUUUCUGGGGAUACAUAAUCACGCAGAUCCCCGGAGGGUACAUCUCGUCGCGGCUGGCAGCCAACAGAGUAUUUGGUGCUGCUAUACUGCUGACAUCUUCCCUCAACAUGCUAAUACCAUCUGCAGCCAGGGUGCACUAUGGAUGUGUCAUCUUCGUUAGGAUCUUGCAGGGCCUUGUAGAGGGGGUCACCUACCCUGCCUGCCACGGUAUUUGGAGCAAGUGGGCCCCCCCAUUAGAAAGAAGUAGGUUAGCAACCACUUCCUUUUGUGGUUCCUAUGCAGGAGCUGUCAUUGCAAUGCCUUUAGCUGGGAUUCUAGUGCAAUACACUGGGUGGUCUUCUGUGUUCUAUGUGUAUGGGAGCUUUGGUAUAGUCUGGUACAUGUUUUGGCUUUUGGUUUCAUAUGAGAGUCCUGCAAAGCAUCCUACAAUCACAGAUGAAGAAAGGAGGUACAUAGAAGAAAGCAUUGGAGAGAGUGCCAACCUCCUAGGUGCAAUGGAAAAAUACAAAACACCAUGGAGAAAAUUUUUUACAUCUAUGCCAGUCUAUGCAAUAAUAGUUGCAAACUUCUGUAGAAGCUGGACUUUUUACUUGCUGCUAAUUAGUCAGCCUGCUUACUUUGAGGAAGUGUUUGGAUUUGAAAUAAGCAAGGUGGGUAUCUUAUCUGCUGUGCCGCAUUUAGUGAUGACAAUUAUUGUUCCUAUUGGGGGACAAAUUGCUGACUUUUUAAGAAGCAGGCAGAUUGUUUCAACGACUAAUGUGAGAAAGAUAAUGAACUGUGGAGGUUUUGGUAUGGAAGCAACUCUUCUUCUCGUGGUGGGAUAUUCACACAGCAAAGGAGUGGCUAUUUCAUUCUUAGUGCUUGCUGUAGGCUUUAGUGGAUUUGCCAUAUCUGGAUUCAAUGUCAACCAUUUAGACAUUGCCCCGAGGUAUGCUAGCAUUUUAAUGGGGAUUUCUAAUGGAGUCGGGACCUUGUCUGGAAUGGUUUGCCCUAUAAUUGUUGGAGCAAUGACAAAGAACAAGACACGUGAAGAAUGGCAGUAUGUCUUCCUCAUUGCUGCUUUAGUUCAUUAUGGAGGUGUGAUCUUCUACGGCAUAUUUGCUUCAGGAGAGAAACAGCCCUGGGCAGACCCUGAACAGACAAGCGAAGAGAAAUGUGGCUUUAUUCAUGAAGAUGAACUUGCUGAGGAGACAGGGGACAUUACUCAGAAUUAUGUAAAUUAUGGUACCACCAAGUCUUAUGGUGCUACAACCCAGGUCAAUGGUGGCUGGCCUAAUGGCUGGGAGAAAAAAGAGGAAUUUGUACAAGAGGAAGUACAAGACUCAUACAACUACAAGGAAAGAGAUUAUUCAUAACAAACCUAAAUAUUUGGUAUAUUUU